CGCUAUGUGGACGUGGUGUGGCUGGCUAGUUGCUGUGCACGCCGUCGCCGCCGUGUCGCCCGUCAUUAAGAUAGGUGCAAUUUUAACGGACGAGGCGCGAGGGGGCAGCACCGAGCUCGCGUUUAAAUACGCGGUAUACAGGAUAAACAAGGAGAGGAGCGUGCUACCAGAUUCUACGCUGGUCUACGCUCCCAUACAAUAUAUACCGGCGGGGGACUCUUUUAGAAGCUAUAAGAAAGCGUGUCACGAGAUAAAGUCCGGUGUGGUGGCGCUCUUCAGUAGCGGCGGCCCGACGUUGAGUCGAUCGUUGAGCGCCCUCUGUCGGUCACUCAACGUCAUACAUCUGUCAUCUUCAGCAGACACGGCUAGUCAAGGUAAUAGAUGUAUCAUCAGUAGUAGCUCGACGUUGAGUACAUCGUUGAGCGCCCUCUGUCGGUCACUCAACGUCAUACAUCUGUCAUCUUCAGCAGACACGGCUAGUCAAGAACACAACGACCCAGACUCUUUCACCGUAAACCUGUAUCCAUGGAGACAGCUCAUGGAUAGAGCAUUUGCGGACCUCACGGCCUACCUCAACUGGACCAGGAUGGGGGUCAUUUAUGAAGACUAUGGCUAUGGUGAACUGAAUAUAGCGAACAUAGCGAAAGACGGGCGCGACAUGUACUGCGUACGCGCGUCCCACGAGUACCGACGAGCACUGACACUUCUCAAGGCUCAGGGCGUGACGCAUAUAAUCGUUGACACUGAUCCGAAGAAGCUACGGCAAUUAGCCAGAGCUAUUCUUCAGCUACAAAUGAACAAUGAAAACUACCAUUAUAUUUUUACAUCAUUUGACAUGGAACUCUUCGACCUUGAAGAUUUCUACUACAACCGGGUCAACAUGAGCGGUUGGCGGCUGGUUGACCGUGACUCUGACAAGGUCAAGGACGCUCUGCUAGUCAUGGAGAAGUUCCACCCUAUUGGCGCUAGUAUACUAACUGGAGGUCAUAUAAAGACGGAGCCAGCUCUUCUCUACGACGCUAUACAAGUCCUGGCGAUGGCUUUGGCAGCAAGCAAGGAGGUGGGCCCUACCAACGCCUCGUGUGAUGACGAGACCACGUGGAGUAAUGGGAAGGAUGUCAUGGAAAAUAUCAAUAAGAUCCACGCGCACGGCCUGACAGGCCCCAUCCAGUUCCAAAAUGGCGUCCGCACCAACUUCAGCCUACAGCUGAUGCGGCUAGUGGGGGGCGAAAAGGGGGGAACUAAGGUGUCCGGUCAUUGGAAUCCGGGCGACGGACUGACCAUCACUGAUCCAGCGGCGUAUAAGAGAGAUCCACCGCCUAAUGUGACCUUGACUAUUGUUACUGUGGAGGAAAAACCCUACGUAAUGGUAAAAGAAGGCUGGAACCUCCAAGGCAACGCCCGUUUUGAGGGCUUCUGUAUCGACCUUCUAGCCAGAGUGGCGGCGAAGGCGGGCUUCGCGUACCGGCUGCGGCUUGUGCCAGACAACAUGUACGGAGCCAGGGACCCGGACACGGGACAGUGGAACGGGAUCGUCCGGGAACUCGUGGACCGGAAAGCUGACAUCGCGGUGGCAUCCAUGACGAUAAAUUAUGCGAGAGAGGCGGUGAUAGACUUCACCAAACCAUUCAUGAACCUCGGCAUUGGCAUACUUUUCAAGGUACCGACGUCUCAGCCGACGCGUCUCUUCAGCUUCCUCAACCCGUUGGCCGUCGAGAUCUGGCUGUACGUCCUGGCUGCUUACAUCCUGGUGUCUUUCACACUGUUCGUUAUGGCACGAUUUUCACCGUACGAAUGGUCGUCAAGCACGCACGUCUGCGGACACGAGACGAAGCUGCUCACGAACCAGUUCAGCGUCUGCAAUUCUCUGUGGUUCAUCACGGGAACCUUCCUGAGACAAGGCUCUGGCUUGAACCCGAAGGCAACCUCCACCCGAAUAGUCGGCGGCAUCUGGUGGUUCUUCACUCUGAUCAUCCUGUCUUCUUAUACUGCUAAUCUGGCAGCCUUCCUGACGGUGGAGAGAACAGUUCUGCCGAUACAGAGUGCUGCCGAUUUGGCGGCUCAGAAUAGUGUGCAGUAUGGAACGCUCAAUGGAGGAUCGACUAUGACAUUCUUCAGGGAUUCCAACAUCGACAUCUACCAAAAGAUGUGGCAGCACAUGUCUACCACCUCCCCUCCUGCGCUCGUCUCCUCAUACGAGGAGGGCGUGAGGAGAGUCCUGCAGGGGAACUACGCGUUCCUCAUGGAGUCCACGAUGCUGGACCACAGAGUGCAGAGGGACUGUAAUCUUACGCAGAUUGGAGGGCUUUUGGAUUCUAAAGGCUACGGAAUCGCGACGUGGAAGGGCAGCCCGUGGCGGGAUCGCAUCUCGCUCGCCAUUUUAGAACUGCAGGAGAAGGGGGUCAUACAGAUACUGUACGACAAGUGGUGGAAGAACACUGGUGACGUGUGCAACAGAGAUGGAAAAGACAGCAAGGCCAAUCCACUCGGAGUGCAGAAUAUUGGUGGUGUGUUCGUGACGCUGCUGUGUGGACUGGCUCUAGCCAUAGUGGUGGCCAUAUUGGAAUUUUGCUGGCACACCAAGAAAAACGCAUCACAGGGGAGACAGUCACUGUGCAGCGAAAUGGGACAGGAGUUGAGGACAGCGAUGCGCGGGGGCUCUUCAAGUAGGACAGUCCUACGGCCGGGCUGCUCGCGAUGCUCCCCCGCGACCCACGUGCCCCCAGCACCUUCUAGAUACGAGGCCCAAGACUUAUCCAACAGCGUGGUGGAACUAAAGGAGCUCCGCUGGUCGUAGCGACAUGCCCGCGGGCCCGCCUCCGCGCCCGCGUCCCCCGCGCGCCGCCCGCGCACCCACAACGCAGUGGGAUCCCUCAGAAGAACGACAUCGUAUGUUUUGAAAGAGCCUAGAGAGGGACAGAAGAAACACGUCCAAAUUAUCGCGUAGUUACUUA